CUCUGACUGCACUCUUUCCCUGUGAGAUGUGCGGUCUGUCUCUCAGUAUGGCGGUGCUGCCUCUCUGUUUGGUGUGCGGUCUGUCUCUCAGUAUGGCGGUGCUGCCUCGCUGUUUGCUGUGCGGUCUGUCUCUCAGUAUGGCGGUGCUGCCUCGCUGUUUGCUGUGCGGUCUGUCUCUCAGUAUGGCGGUGCUGCCUCACUGUUUGGUGUGCGGUCUGUCUCUCAGUAUGGCGGUGCUGCCUCUCUGUUUGCUGUGCGGUCUGUCUCUCAGUAUGGCGGUGCUGCCUCGCUGUUUGCUGUGCGGUCUGUCUCUCAGUAUGGCGGUGCUGCCUCACUGUUUGGUGUGCGGUCUGUCUCUCAGUAUGGCGGUGCUGCCUCUCUGUUUGGUGUGCGGUCUGUCUCAGUAUGGCGGUGCUGCCUCUGUUUGGGGUUGCGGUCUGUCUCUCAGUAUGGCGGUGCUGCCUCUCUGUUUGGUGUGCGGUCUGUCUCUCAGUAUGGCGGUGCUGCUUCUCUGUUUGGUGUGCGGUCUGUCUCUCAGUAUGGCGGUGCUGCCUCUCUGUUUGCUGUGCGGUCUGUCUCUCAGUAUGGCGGUGCUGCCUCUCUGUUUGCUGUGCGAUCUGUCUCUCAGUAUGGCGGUGCUGCCUCUGUUUGGGGUUGCGGUCUGUCUCUCAGUAUGGCGGUGCUGCCUCUCUGUUUGGUGUGCGGUCUGUCUCUCAGUAUGGCGGUGCUGCCUCUCUGUUUGGUGUGCGGUCUGUCUCUCAGUAUGGCGGUGCUGCUUCUCUGUUUGGUGUGCGGUCUGUCUCUCAGUAUGGCGGUGCUGCCUCUCUGUUUGGUGUGCGGUCUGUCUCUCAGUAUGGCAGUGCUGCCUCUCUGUUUGCUGUGCGGUCUGUCUCUCAGUAUGGCGGUGCUGCUACUCUGUUUGGGGUGCGGUCUGUCUCUCAGUAUGGCGGUGCUGCUUCUCUGUUUGGGGUGCGGUCUGUCUCUCUGUUCUUUGUGAAGUGUGCAGUCUGUCUCAGUAUGGCACACUGGUUCUCCGGUGUGCGGUCUGUCUGUCAGGAUGGCAGUGCUGGUUGUGAGGUGUGCAAUCCUUCUCAGUAUGGCUGUAUGCAGUUUCAGCGCAGUGGUGUUUGUGAGGUGUGCAUUCUCUCUCAAUACGGUUGUGCUGUUUCUUUAUGAAGGGUGUGGUUUGUCUCUCAGUAUGGCAUUGGUGGUUCUCACCGUGGUGUGUAGUCUGUAAAAGAGCAUGGAUUCCGGUUCUCUGUGAAGGGUGGUCUGUCUCGUAUUGCAGUGCUGGUUUUUUGUGUGGUAGUGGUGGUGGGGGUAUCAGUUCUAUUACAAAUCACAAUACUUUGAAGCGGCUAUUAAUAUUGCGGUUUGUUAAAUCGAUUUUUAAACAUCAGUUUGAACCUGGAUUCACAGAAAUUUUGUUUAGCAGUGCUAAUACUUGCUCAGCUGCACACAACCUGAUUUUGUUAAGGGACUGACAUGCGUGAGUUUGGUAUGGUCCUAUAAUCGAUGAGUGUGUCUGCGCAGAGACUUUUCCAGCACCCUCUCAAUUUAAAGCCACAACUAACCGCAAGUGUGUGGACUGUAAACUUCCACUGAAUAUCUCUAUACCUCUUCUCUGAACACUAAGAACAGUCUCUAAACAAAUGGAACGGUUUACAUCUUUUUAAAGCUCCUCCCUCAGGAUUCAUCUCCAUGUUUUGCACUUUUAUUAGCCUGUUAGGUACCUGACAGGCAUCUGGGCCGCAUCGGCAACACUGUCCUGUCACAUCUUUUGAGCUAAUAGCAACCGAGCACUUUGCCAGCGCCAUGCUGACAUAGAUUCGCCUCCGAUCGGAUCUGGGGCUUUGGUUGGCAAUCUGCAGAAACUUUAGCCAAGCAGAAAAUUGGGGCUGAAAUUGUGUAGCGUGAACUUAGCAUUAGUUUUGUUUGUUGAGAUCUGCAAUCAACUUACCGGCAUAGUGAGCAUAAUGUUUUACAUGUUCAACAUCUACUUGUGAAUUUAGGUUUUACUGGUGUCAGGAAAUGUAUUUAUUUGUUUCACUGCGUGUUCCACUGAAUGCUGUCACCGAGAGGCAUAUGACAAAUACGUGUACAGUUACACCCCCUGUGACUUUAAAUGUAGACCUGAAAUGCGCUUCAGCAACAUGUUUAAAAAUUGGGAUACAUUUCAAAUAGCCAAAUAUAUUGAUAUGAUAUCAAUUCAGGUGGUCACUGCUGAUUCUCACUCCUGUGUAGUGUGUGUACUCUGUCUCAGUAUAUAGUAAAAGGUUGUUGGUUUUCUCUGAGGUGUGGGGUCUGUCUGUCGGUGCAGUUGUUCUGGUUCUCUCUGAGGUGUGCGGUCUGUCUGUUGGUGCGGCGGUUCUGGUUCUCUCUGAGGUGUGGGGUCUGUCUGUCGGUGCGGCGGUUCUGGUUCUCUCUGAGGUGUGGGGUCUGUCUGUCGGUGCGGCGGUUCUGGUUCUCUCUGAGGUGUGGGGUCUGUCAGUGCUGUGGUUCUGCUUACUGGUGUAGGUGAUUGUUCCUCAUCAUAAUCUGUAAGGUCACCAUGCUUGUGAUGCUGCAACCUCCUUUGCAUAGUCAGCAGGAACAUGGAAAAGGUUCUGUGUGUGUUUUCUCUAAAGCUGUAAAUCAGCAGUGUUGGAAGAGAUCAUCGUAAAUUUCAGAUGAUUGGGUCAGUUCUGUGGUUAUAUUCCCAAAGUGGCCUGAAUGUGUCUUAUAGAGUUUGGUACUGUGUGUUGUGCGACCCUUCCCCGGCUUAACACACCGUGUUCUCUA